UCAGUUUCAAAGGUUUUAGAAAUUAGGGCUUUAGCUGUUUUAUUAAACCUUCAGCGAGUGGAAACUGAAAGCCGUUGCGGAAACAGGGGAGAGCGUUGUUUAUUGUACGAGUCCCCUUCCCGCUCUUAUCUCGACACGCCGAAUAAUCGAUUGAAUAUUCGAUUCCUUCCUCGUAGACCACAUUUUUACAAUUGAUAGGAAUUAACGGUUUGAAAUGAAGUAUGUUUUGGUCACCGGAGGCGUGGUGAGCGGCCUCGGAAAAGGCGUCACCGCCAGCAGCAUCGGCGUUGUGCUCAAGGCUUGCGGCUUGCGCGUCACCUCCAUUAAAAUUGAUCCCUAUUUGAAUACAGAUGCUGGUACGAUGUCCCCGUUUGAGCAUGGGGAGGUUUUUGUUCUCGAUGACGGAGGAGAGGUGGAUCUUGAUUUAGGUAACUAUGAAAGGUUUCUGGAUGUAAGACUAACUAGAGACAACAAUAUUACCACCGGAAAGAUAUAUCAGUCUGUCCUCGAACAGGAGCGAAGAGGGGAUUAUCUUGGGAAGACAGUACAGGUGGUACCCCACAUUACUGAAGCCAUUAAGAAUUGGAUCGAAUCCGUAUCACAUAUCCCUGUGGAUGGGAAAGAAGGUCCUGCAGAUGUUUGUGUUAUAGAAUUGGGUGGAACUGUAGGUGAUAUUGAGUCAAUGCCGUUCAUUGAAGCUCUGCGACAACUACUUUUCUCUGUGGGACCAAAUAAUUUCUGUCUGAUUCAUGUCAGCCUUAUCCCUGUUCUUGGAGUUGUUGGCGAACAAAAAACUAAACCUACACAGCAUAGUGUGCGCGAGUUGAGAGCAUUAGGCUUGACCCCGCAUUUUCUGGCUUGCCGCUCAGCAGAGCCUCUCUUGGAGAAUACAAGGCAAAAAUUGUCACAAUUUUGCCAUGUCCCCGUUGGCAAUAUACUUAAUAUCCACGACGUGCCAAAUAUUUGGCACAUCCCUCUGCUGCUUCGCAGUCAAAAUGCUCACAAUGCCAUUCUAACGCAUCUGGACCUACAGAGUGUUGCCAACCCUCCUAAUUUACAAGAGUGGACUGAUAGAGCUGAAACCUUUGACAAUCUCACAAACUCUGUAAGAAUUGCAAUGGUUGGGAAAUAUGUUGGAAUGGCAGAUUCUUAUCUGUCAGUGGUCAAGGCCCUUUUGCAUGCUUGCAUUGCCUGUUCGUUGAAGCCAGCAAUUGAUUGGAUUGCAGCUUCAGAUCUUGAAGAUGAUAAUGCAUUAUCUACACCGGAAGCUCAUGCGACGGCUUGGAGAACUCUUAGGAAUGCUGCGUGUGUCUUGGUUCCCGGUGGGUUUGGAGAUCGGGGUGUCAAAGGUAUGGUCCUGGCGGCAAAAUAUGCCAGAGAGAACAGAGUUCCAUAUCUUGGGAUAUGUUUGGGUAUGCAGAUAUCCGUGAUUGAGUUUGCAAGAAAUGUUUUGGGCAUGGAAAGGGCAAACAGCUCUGAGUUUGAUAAGGAUACCCCAAAUCCUGUUGUGAUAUUCAUGCCAGAGGGUUCAAAAACUCACAUGGGAAGCACAAUGAGACUUGGUAGUCGAAGAACACUAUUUCAGUCCCCAGACUGCUUGGCCGCAAAGCUAUACCAUAACUCAGAGCACGUUGAUGAAAGACAUAGGCAUCGAUACGAGGUGAACCCAGAAAUGGUCAAUAACUUUGAAGAAUCUGGCCUAAAAUUUGUUGGGAAGGAUGAAACGGGAAAACGGAUGGAGAUUUUGGAGCUCACUGACCAUCCGUUUUAUGUCGGGGCUCAAUUCCAUCCAGAGUUCAAGUCACGCCCUGGGAGGCCCUCACCACUAUUUUUAGGUUUCAUUUUGGCGGCAAUUGGACAGUUAGAAUCUUAUCUUCAAAAUCCACAUAAUGGAAGCUUGUAGGUGUCCUGCUGCUUCUUGCAGAGAAGCUAAUACUAAAUUUCAAGUUUUGGUGCAGGGAAACAGUCAACUUGAUGAGGUUGCUAUCGAAAGGUCGACUGUGUCUACAGCUGGAAUAUGUUAGGCCGAUGCAACCUGUGACGUUUGGUUGAAAUAAGUUUAUUUUGUUUUAUACUAGUUUUUAUACAAGUCAUCUAUGGCAAUUGUAAGUAUGUGUUCCUGGUAUUAGAUCCCCGGGCAAUUUUGCAAGUCUGUUAGCCUUAGUUUGUACCCUGGGCAUAUGAGGUUGUACUCGGAGACGAACAUUUAUCAUAUUGCCGUUGGUUAAUGCAUUAUCGCUACGAUCAAGUUUAACCAAAUUCCGCUUUUUUCC